AAGUUUGUUCAUCAGUAUCCAAAUCAAGAAAACAAAAAUGGCCUUAGUUGGAAAGUUGGAAGGCGAAGUGGAGAUCAAAGCUUCUGCAGAGCACUUCCAUGAUGUGUUCAGCUGCAGACCGCACCAUGUUAACGUUAUGAGCCCUGACAAGAUUCAAGGCUGUGAUCUUCAUGAAGGUGAAUGGGGUAAACAUGACACCAUCAUCUCCUGGAAUUACACUCAUGAUGGAGUUGCCAAAGUUGCAAAGGAGCUUGUUGAAAAGAUAGACGAUGAGAACUUAUCGACAACUUUCAAAGUGAUUGAAGGAGAUCUACUCAAUGAAUAUAAGGAAUUCAGGCUAAUAGUUAAAGCUACACCGAAGGAAGGGGGCGGUAGCUUGGUGCACUGGACAUUGACCUAUGAGAAGUUGCACGAGGGAAUCCCCGAUCCGCAUUCAUUGCUCGAGUUCUGUCUCCAUACCAGCAAAGAUAUUUGCUCUCACCUCAGCCAAAACGCAGUCAACAAACCCGAAAAGAAGUAACCGUAUAUAAUUACUAUUACCAUUACGGUCUUACUUUUAAAUAUAUGGGAAUUUCGUUAGAUUGGAUCCAUAAAUGAUAUAUGGAUCUAAUCAAUUAAGUAUUAAAAGUAUGUGUGGUGUGAUUGAUCGAUGUGUGAAAUAAAUAAAUAAUGACGGAUCGGAGAUAUUCCUGGUCUGAACGAUAUAGAUGCACCCAAGUAAAGCUUGUAUGAUUGUUGUUUUCAUCUUUCUAAGGGAAUCGUACGUACCUUUGUUUUUGUGGAAA